UACCAACUUCAGUCAGUCUGACUCUGCUCUACAAUGCACUCUUCGUCCCAACCCUGCCACGACCACAGCACCACUCCGCACGACCCUGGCGGAUAAAGAAUUAUUUCAGGAAAUGUAAGUACAAUUUCCAGAAAUUUUGACAACCAUUCCCCCCACAAGUUCCCGUCCUCUCCGAGCACGCUACGUUAUUUGGAGAGACGAUGGACGUGAAAGAGCUCCUCUCCUUCAAACCUGACUCGACUCCGCAGCGAGAUUCGUCCUCAGCCGCACCCCCUGGAGGGGAUCGAGGAGGGGAUCGAGGCCGGAAACGGAUCGCGGUGACGACGAGGGAGGAGGCUGGCAUUCUCAAGAAGCCAAGCAUCGCCCCUCUCCUCCCAGAUUCGACGAGCAGUGGGAGAGAUGAUGCCAUUACAACUGCACGGGGCGGAGGUGACCCGAUUGAGGGGGCAGUACUGGGUCCUGAGAUGACUGAGGAGGAGCGCCUUCGGAUUAUUCAAAUGGUCGAGGAUGAGCCCGAGGUGACGCCAUUUACAAGCCAAGAACUAAAGAGGGUCAUUUCCGUACUCGAGAAGAGAAUUGCUCGGAAUCAAGAAAUGCGAAUCAAGUUUCCCGACCAGCCUGAAAAAUUCAUGGAUUCAGAGCUGGAGUUGCACGAGUCCGUCCAAGAACUCCACGCAUUGGCUACGGUCCCAGAUCUUUAUUCAUUAGCCGUGGAUCUCAAUCUGCUAUCAAUUUUACUCGGCUGCCUCGCUCACGAGAAUGCUGACAUAUCCUGUGCUGUCCUCGAUGUACUUCAAGAGCUUACCGAUGUUGACACAAUCAACGAAGCAGAAGAAUCGACAGGGCUUUUAAUUGAUAACCUGAUUGAUCUCCAAGCUAUCGGUCUCUUAACACAGAAUUUGGACAGACUGGAUGAAUCCAACAAGGACGAGGCGGAUGGGGUCCAUAAUACAUUGGCCAUUUUUGAAAACCUCUUUGAAAUUAGGCCCGAACUGUGCUCAACGGCUGGACAAAACGGCCUGCUGACGUGGCUCCUUAAACGAAUAAGAUCUCGAAUGCCAUUUGAUGGGAACAAACUUUACGCUGGAGAGAUGUUGGCCAUCCUACUGCAGGACAACGUAGAAAACAGAGCAUCACUUGGGAACGUGGAGGGCAUUGACAUAUUGCUGCAACAACUGGCUACCUUCAAGAGACAUGAUCCUAGUUCCAACGAGGAAGGAGAAUACAUGGAAAAUCUCUUCAACUGUCUCUGUUCUGCCUUGCUGCACGGUCCUAAUCGGGACAAAUUUUUAAAAGGAGAAGGUCCACAACUCAUGAACUUAAUGCUUAGGGAGAAACGACAGUCCCGUAGCGGAGCGCUUAAAGUCCUUAAUCAUGCAGUAUCUGGACCUGAUGGCACCUCCAACGCCAACAAAGUCGUCGAAAUCUUGGGACUACGAACACUAUUUCCUUUGUUUAUGAAAACUCCCAAGAAAUCCAAAAGGAAGGGGAUAUCCGCAUUGGAGCAUGAAGAGCAUUGUGUUUCAGUCAUCGCUGGAAUUAUUCAGCACGUGAUGGGUCCUACACGAAACCGAGUCCUGCUAAAAUUUGAAGAAAAUGACUUUGAAAAAGUGGAACGACUUGGUGAGCUGCAUUUCAAAUAUUUAUCAAAAGUCAACCAAGUAGACAAUGACAUUGUCGAAGAACUCAAGAAAGGAGGAGAAGCACCUGAUGAAGAUGAAGUGUACCUUCGGAGGCUGGACAAUGGAUUGUUCACUCUUCAGCUUGUUGACUACAUCAUACUCGAAACGGCAGUGUCUAAUCCCAGGGUGAAGGACCGAUUAGCCCAAAUCAUUCAACUAAGGAAAGGUUCAAUGGACACCAUUAAAGAUAUCGUCCGAGAAUAUGCGGAUAAUCUUGGGAACGAAAAUGAAGAGUGGAAACACAGACAGCAAGAAAGCAUCACGUUACUACUGGAACAGUUUUGAAGUCAUCAUCAGUCACCCAAGUAUAUGAGUUUAUAAGGUAUGUUGCGAUUCAACUAUUGUUUGUUACAUUUAAAACGACUGCAAUAGAAUUUAGUUAUCAUAUAUGAUAAUGAUAUAUAACAUAACAAAAGAUUUGAGUGUCAUUUGACUCAUUGUUUACAUUACAACAAUAAUAUUAAGAAAGGGCACAGUUUUAUUCAGUAAUAGUGUUUAAAUAACUUGAGCGCCCAAAGUGAUAAUAAUAUUUAUUUAAUAUUUUUAUACUAUGAUGAUGAUAAUGAAUCAUAUCCUACAAAAGUCAAAUAAAUGCAAAGAGGUUGCUCAUCAACCCAAAGUAAUACAAA